CGUCAUCGGCAAGUUCUUUUUUCUUCGAUUGAAUUAAAAAUAAAAAAUAAAAAAUAUUGUAUUGUGUUCAUCGAUUGACUAUGCCAAAGAUCAGAACAUCACGAACAAAGCGACCUCCUGAAGGUUUUGAUGAAAUAGAACCAACUCUUGAAGAAUUCGCAAGAAAAAUGAAAGAAGUUGAAAACGAGUCUCAUGAAGGCAAACGUAUUGUUGAAAGUGCUUGGCCAGUGUUCCGUAUUCACCACCAACGUUCACGUUAUAUAUAUGACUUGUUUUAUAAGAGAAAGUUGAUCUCACGCGAUCUUUAUGACUAUUUGCUCAAGAAUAAGUAUGCUGACGCCAAUCUUAUUGCCAAAUGGAAAAAGCCUGGAUUUGAGAAACUGUGUUGUCUGCGUUGUAUUCAGCCUAAAGAUACAAACUUUGGUACAACAUGUAUUUGUAGAGUUCCAAAAGAAAAAUUAGAAGAAGGGAAAAUGGUAGAAUGUGUUCAUUGUGGUUGCAGAGGUUGUGCAAGUGGUGAUUAAAAUCAUAAUAAAAACAAUCUGUCGUGGAAACAAGAGAAUUGCGAGAAAUAAAAAAGGGUUUUCCAUGGCAACAAAUAUCCGAAUAAGAAAACGAGGAUCUUCAAAUCAUGGCUGAUUAGCUGAUUAGAGUUCUGAGUCGGCUUUAAAAAAAGAAAGGGAACAAGAAUGUUCUCAAAUUUCCAGUUUAUGUAUAUCUUGAAUCAAGGAUGAAUCCAAGGUUUCUUAUGCAUAACUUUCAACUUUUAAUAUGAG